AUGGUGAACAUGAGCACAAGCAUGAAGUUGAGCAUCCCAAUAAUCGAUAUGCAGAAAUUACCUGAAGAAGAAGAGUACAAGAAGCUAAGAGAGGCAUGUGAGCAAUGGGGAUGUUUCAGAGUGAUGAAUCGUGCUGUGCCAUUGAAAUUGAUGGAGGAGAUGAAGAAGGUGGCAACAUGUCUGGCUGAUCGUCCAUUAGAGAUCAAGAAACGUAAUGUUGAUGUUACUAAGGGAAGUGGGUUUACUGCAAUUUCUUUGAAUCCCAUCUAUGAAAAUAUUGGUAUCCAUGAUGUGGCAUCCUCCGUUGCUGUAAAUGAUUUCUGCUCUCAGAUGGAUGCUUCCCCUCAAGAGAGGGAAACAGUGAAGGCAUAUUUGGAAGUAGUUCAUGAAUUAGCAGUAGACACUGGAGUAAAUUUAAAGGAGUGUUUCGUGGGUUUAUUAUCAUCUUCAUUAUCAUCAGAAACCAGGGAUGAUUUAAAAGACUGGAGAUGCCAAUUUAAGAUCAACAAGUUCAACUAUAGCCCUGAGACUGUAGGGCUCUUAGGACUGAAAGAGCACACUGAUCCAGGCUUCGUCACUGUUCUUCAGGAUGAUGAACUCAUUGGGGGUCUUGAAGCCUUCAACACUUCCUCUGGUUUCUAUGUUGACGUCCCUCCCAUAUCUGGCACUUUCGUUAUAAAUCUUGGAGAUGUUGCUCAUGUAUGGAGCAAUGGAAGGAUUAUGACUGUGAAUCAUCAUGUUGUGUGCAAGGAAGGAAAGUCCAGAAUUUAUGUAGUGACGAGUAUCUUUGGACCAAAGAAUGGAGAUGUUGAAGUUGCAAAAGAGUUUGUGGACUGUGACCACCCAUGUCAGUUCAAGCCUUUCAAUUUCAAAAAUUACUUAGAAACACGAUGGUCCACAAAUUUGAGAGUUGGGGAAGCACUUGAAUUCUUGCGUGUUCGUCCAUCGAAUACCGAACACCCAAGACUUGAAGAUUAG